UUCGCUAGCAAUGGCUCUUAUGGAAAUAUGUAUUGUCCUAGUUGGAAUCGGUCUUUUGGUCUACAAAUGGAGUACGGCCACCUUCAAAACCUUCGGCGAUCGGAACCUGUACUUCGAAAAACCUUUUCCAUUUGUCGGUAAUAUGGGUGCAUCGGCCAUGCAGAAGGCCUCAUUUCAAAAGGAGAUAGCCGAGUUCUACCAACGCACUCGACAUCACAAAAUAGUAGGCCUCUUUAAUCUGCGCACACCAAUGGUUCAGAUCAACGAUCCGCAGCUGAUUAAAAAGAUCUGUGUUAAGGACUUUGACCACUUUCCCAACCACCAGCAUUUUAUAAGCGCCAAUGAGCGUUUAAUUAACGAUAUGCUAAAUGUGAUGAGGGAUCAACGCUGGAGGCACAUGAGGAGCAUCCUGAGCCCGGUCUUCACGGCGGCCAAAAUGCGCAAAAUGUUCACCCUGAUGAACGAAAGUUUCGCGGAGUGCCUGCAGCACCUGGACACAUCGGGAUCUUCUCCCAGUAAAAAUGGUUUCGAGGUGGACAUGAAGGGGUUGUGCAAUAAGCUCUCCAACGACGUCAUCGCAACCACUGCCUUUGGACUGAAGGUUAAUUCAUUCGAAGACCCGAAAAAUGAAUUUCACCAGAUCGGGCAGACACUGGUUUUUUCCCGGGGACUUCCGUUCUUAAAGUUCAUGAUAUGCUUACUUGCCCCCAAAGUAUUUAAUUUUUUCAAGCUUACAAUCUUUGAAGCCAGCAAAGUGGAGUACUUUGUUCGUCUGGUGGUGGAUGCCAUUAGGUACCGAAAGCAACACAAUGUCUCGCGUCCCGACAUGAUCCAGCUGCUAAUGGAGGCCAAGAAGGAGUCCCAAGAUAACUGGACUGAUGAUGAGAUUGUGGCCCAGUGCUUCAUUUUCUUUUUCGCCGCCUUUGAAAAUAACUCCAACUUGAUUUGCACCACCACCUACGAGUUGCUGCUCAAUCCCGAAGUCCAGGAGCGUUUGUACGAGGAGGUGAAGGAGGCCCAAGAGGCUCUGAACGGAGCUCCCCUCAACUACGAUGCCGUGCAGAAGAUGACCUACAUGGACAUGGUCAUUUCCGAGUCCCUCCGGAAGUGGACUCUGGCCGCUGCCACCGACCGUUUCUGCUCCAAGGAUUACACACUCACGGAUGAGGAUGGCACUAAGCUGUUCGAAUUCAAAGUAGGCGAUUCCGUUAACAUUCCCAUCUCUGGCUUGCACUGGGAUGACCGCUACUUUCCGGAACCCAGCAAGUUUGACCCAGAGCGCUUCAGCGAAGAGCAAAAAGGCGAUCUGGUGCCCUACACCUAUUUGCCUUUUGGGGUGGGACCUCGCAGCUGUAUUGGAAAUCGCUAUGCCUUGAUGCAGGUCAAGGGCAUUCUGUACAACCUACUGCUGAAUUACAAGAUAGAAGCAUCCCCAAGAACUACCAAGGAUCUGUGGGAAUCGGCUCGUGGCUUUAAUAUUAUACCCGGAUCGGGAUUCUGGAUGCACUUUGUGCCACGAACGAAGAUCGAUGUAGUUGGUACCUACCAAACAGGUUAA